GAGAGUGGGCGGAGCCUCUGCAGCUGCAAAGGGCCGCCGCUGCUGCUACUCUAUUAUCCACGGACUGACCACCAGCCUGAGCGGAGCAGCCGGACACCGGGGGGAAGAAAAUGUCCUGUUGGUUAAGGAAUGAGACUCUGGCGCUGGCGGAGGACUACAUCCGCUUCUGCACCGGGGACCAACGGACGCCCCCCAGCGAGUCGGCCGAGGCCAUGCGCCGCCUGGCCAAAGAGAUGGAGCGGCAACACCAUUCUAAAUUCCACUCGCUGUCCCAGAGCUUCCUGACGGCCUGCGGCGCAGACCCCAGCGCGUGCCUCCGGAGCGUCAUGGCCGUGCUGGUGGAGGACGGGAAGCUGAACUGGGGCAGAGUUGUGUCGCUGUUUACAUUCACAGGCGUUCUGGCCACUGAACUAUUCUCUAGAGGAGACGGGCCGGAGUGCUGCAGCAGGUUAGCAGAGACUAUAGCUGACUACCUGGGAGCAGAGAACAAAGAAUGGCUGCUGGAAAAUGAAGGCUGGGAGGGAUUCUGUAAGUUCGUCCGCAGAGCGGGACAUCUAGGUCAAGAUUCCUCCAUGAAAACAGCACUGUUUGCUGCAGCAGGAGUCGGGAUAGCUGGACUGACCUUUCUCCUCGUGCGCUGACCUCCUUAUUUAUUCAUAUAAAUAUAUAUUUUUGUCUUCCUUCCUCUUGCCUUUAUUUCUUUCUUUUAGCCAUUUAAUUUCAUUUUCCUCUUUUGUCCUGUUUCCUUGUUUUCUAUCCUGUUUAUGGAGAUGGACUAAAAUAUCUUUGAGGAAUUUUUUUUUUUUCUCCAGUUUUUGGUUACUUAGUAAACCAAGGACUCAGUUGAAUGUUAUGCACAUUGGUGCCACUAGUCAAUCAUAUUCACUCUUUCUAUUUCUCUCUCUCUCUCUCUCUCUCUCUCUCUCUCUCUAUCUGUCUGUGCAUAUCUUUUGUGCUUUUUUUUAUUUUAAAAAUGCUUCUAGGUAGUCAUAUUUGUCAUUAUUUCCUUUUAAUGUAGAUAGUAACAGUAAAAAUUGUGGCUUUCUGAGAGAAGACACAAACACAGGUUUAAAACAUGAUUACUUUUCUUUGAUUAGAGCUGAUACUCUUUGUUUCUUAUUAUUUUGAGUGGGAAGGGAGGUGCUGCGAAGAGUCUAAUUCAUUCAUCAAUAAUAAAGAUCUGUGGUGAAAUUAAUAUAUUAUAUUUAUAUGAAUAAAAAGUAAACAGCAGCCAGAAGCAUUUGAUUUACUGUAUUUUAGUGUGUAUUCGUUUACAUUGAUAUCUGAUUUUUUUUUUUUUUUUUUUUUUGCUUUUGUUGUGAAGGUGCUAAUCUGUGUUUCCAGUCUUUAUGUAAUUUUCCAAUUAGUGACCAACUUAAUUUGUAAAAUUGUAUUUAUUUUCCUUUUAAAGAACAAAUUGUAACUAUUAUUAGCAAUUAUCCUACAUUUCACAAAGCAUAUUUUUGAAUCUUUUUAUUUAUUUAACUCUUUUAAUAAAAUGUUUUCAUAAAAGA